AUGGCUGACGGCGGCGACACCGUCGCCGGAGCGGUGGUUUUGGGAGGCCAGGGUUCUUCCGUCUCUUCGUCCUCAGUAUACGCGAUAUGCGCCGGCACUGCUCGCGUGCGCGCAGACUCGUCGGCGCGCGAUCGCCUCGCGGCGUCUUCUUCGUCGUCGCCGGCCGGUCGGAUCUCUCCUGCCGCCGCCGCCUCCGAUUUCCAGAUAACCUUCCCUCCUUACUUCAGCGUUGCGGAAACGCGCGCUGCUCUGACGGUGCUUCUCAACAAGCUCCUUAUCUCUGGUUGUUCCGGUACGCGAACGGACCUUGUCGACCGUAUUUCGGACUCCUUGAAUUCUGUCCCUCCCCCGCAGGGACGCCUUAAUGUUGGGAACGCCCUUACCCAUGAAGAGCUUUAUAUAUUAGAACAUUCGCACGCUACUUUGUAUGGGAUUUGUGCGGUCUUGGACCACUUGUCCACGGCCUUGUCCACGACGGUCGAUGCGGUUGCUGCAUUGUCGUGUGAGGCCAUCGAAGCUGACGUGGCGGUCUUCAAUCUUAUCGACUCGGGGGAUCCUUUUGCCUCAAAGGAGGAGAUCGGGUUCGCUAGUGAUAUGAAAGUCUUGCUUAAUGGGUCUAAAUUGGUGGGUAAAGUAGAGUGCGACGCAAUUUCGUGCAUUCCCAAAGUUCAUGCGACAUUGAGAAGGGUGGUGAAGUCAGUGCAUUCGGAGGUGCGAGUGUACCUGAAUUCGCGAGUUAGGAUACAGAAAGUUGGGUCUACCGCUGAUGGCGCGGCCAAGGCCGUUGUGAAUGUGUUGUGGCCGCUGGCUGAUGUGCUGCUGGAUAUUGGUAGGACCUCUUUAUGCCGAGCAAAGAUGAAUUUAGAUUCAAUCGGUGCCGAUGCCCUGAAAAGCAGGUUAACAGGUAUGUUUGAGAAGGAGUGUGUAAGUAUGGAUGAUUUGGAGAACGAGAACAAGGUGCUCAAUAAUGCGAAAAUGGGCGGAGAUUUUGAGAAGUUUGUGCAUGAAUCGUAUGUGCUUUGUGGUCGUGUCUGGAAAAUAGUGGCUUGGGAGGCAAUUACCGCAUUUGUUGCGCUUGAGGGAAGUGAGUUGAUCGAAAAGGGAAAGCAUGAGGAAAUUAAUGGAGUGCAAGCAGAUAAGAAAAGUGAGAAGAAGAAGAAGAAGGUGUUGUUGGGGAGAGGGACGGCUGUUGUGGUGCAAUUGAUUAAGGAUAGAUUUCAGAGGAACGGAGAAACUGACAGUGAUAGUUCAAUUUUACUAGAGAAACUUGUACAAGAUUUAUUACUGUUCCUGGACACGAGGGGUCCAGAAUUUGACGAUUUCUUGAACAAAGUGAAGGACAUUGUGGACAGUAAUGAGAGUAGAAGGCUGCCCAAGCUUCCCAAGGGAACUCGUGAUUUUAUGAAAGAACAAAUGGCAAUAAGAGAAAAAGCAUUCUCCAUUAUAACAGAGGUUUUCAAGAAGUAUGGUGCUACGGCACUUGCUACUCCUGUUUUUGAAUUGAGAGAGACUCUGAUGGGAAAAUACGGCGAGGACUCAAAGUUGAUAUACGAUCUUGCUGACCAGGGUGGAGAGCUUUGUUCUCUAAGAUACGACUUGACUGUUCCAUUUGCGAGAUGUAUGGCGAUGAAUGGACUUACAUCAUUGAAGAGAUACCAAAUAGCUACAGUAUACAGGAGGGAUAAACCUUCUAAGGGUAGAUACCGCGAGUUUUACCAAUGUGACUUUGACAUUGCUGGGCAAAAUGUAAGGAUGGGGCCAGAUUUUGAGGUCAUAAAAAUUCUAACUGAGCUGCUUGAUAAACUGAAUAUUGGAGAUUAUGAGAUAAAGUUGAACCGCCGGAAGUUAUUGGACGGUAUGUUGGAAAUAUGUGGUGUGCCAUCAGAGAAAUUCAGAACUAUUUGCUCAAGUAUCGACAAGUUAGACAAGCAGUCAUUUGAGCACAUUAGGAAGGAGAUGGUGGAAAAAAAAGGUUUAACUGCCGAGAUGGUAGACAGGAUUGGCAAUUUUGUAAAGGAAAGGGGUCACCCUCUGGAAUUGUUGUCAAAGCUUCAACAGAAGGGGAGCCGAUUUCUGGAAAAUGAAGGAUCUGUGCAUGCCCUGAAUGACUUGGAAAGAUUGUUCAAGGCCUUGAAAGAGUCAAAGUGCACCGACAAAGUUGUUUUUGAUUUGAGUCUUGCCAGAGGUCUAGAUUAUUAUACAGGGGUGAUAUUUGAAGCAGUUUUUAAAGGGGACACACAGGUUGGAUCAAUUGGUGCCGGGGGGCGUUAUGACAACCUUAUAGGAAUGUUUGGUACAAAGCAAGUUCCAGUAGUUGGUGUUAGUCUAGGAAUUGAACGAGUAUUUGCAAUAAUGGAGCAGCGUCAGAAAGAUCAGGGUCAGAGGAUAAUUCGAGCUACAGAGACGCAAGUGUUGCUCGGAUAUUUGGGGGAUGAGGAUGACUUGCAUACAGCUUCAGGUCUAGUGACUGAGUUACGGGAUGCCGAAUUGAGAGCAGACUACAUGCUCCAUAAGAAAGUGAUGAAGCACAUUGAUUUCGCCAGAAAAAACCAGAUCCCCUGGCUGGUGCUAGUAGGUGCGCGGGAAUUGAGUGAAGGUGUGGUGAAGUUGAAAGAUAUGGAGAAUGCCAAAGAGGAAGUGGUUCCUAGAAGCGCCAUGGUUCAAGAACUUCUCAACCGUUUGAAAGUUGUGAGAACUUAAAUUACAUUACUACUUCUAUACUGUUCAUCCAUUUUUAACUUUGCUACUUCUAUACUGCUUCGGUACUGUUCAUCCAUUUUUAACAUUACCGGCAAGCAAUAGUAGUUGUCUUUCAUGCUUAUGAUGCCAAAUAGAAGCCUCUACGGGUUGUAAAAUGCUGCUUCUAGCAUUAGCAACAAGGUUGAAACAAUAGAAAAUAUUAUUUAAUAUUCAUUUAUAUGUAGAAAUUGUUGCCAGGACUUA